GCGUCUGCCCCCGGGAUCGGAUCGCGAUCACUUCAUGCACGGGUCCAAUAUUGCCGAAUCCAACAAUCAUUAUCGGAACUUUGACUAUUACAGAGAUACCAUACCAUGGUCGGCACUCCCCCAGCAGCCCCCCCGGGCUUCACUGAUCACACUUUCAAAUCUGCCAGCGGCGCAGAGUUGGCUGUGAGGGUAUGGCCUGCCGAGACUCCGGUCAAGGAGCCGGCGCCGUUUGUCAUCUGGACCCAUGGCGGUGGAUGGUUUGGGGGUUUCCACUUCGCCCCCUUGCCGUGGAUGGCACCCGGCUUCCGGCAGCGCGGAUACCACUUCAUCUCCCACAACUACCGGCUCGCUCCGCAAGCUCGCGUGGAUGAGCAGCUAGCCGACUGCCUCGAGGCAGUGUCAUGGUGCCGCACCAACCUACCCACCAUCCUCGGGGCCGACAAAGUCGACGUGGAUCGCUAUGUCCUCUGUGGUGAGUCCGCAGGUGGUCAUCUUGCCACCUUGAUGGGUCUUCACCUGCCGACCCCCGCUCCGAGGGCAAUAAUCGACGUGUACGGCGUGGUAGACUUCAUCUCGAUGAAAGCGUUCGGCCCUCCCAACCAACGCCCCAGCCGAGCCACGCAGGGACCAUGGGACGGCAAGUUCUCCGAAGAGACCCUCAACAGGCUCCUCCGCGACCGCGACCAAGCCAAUGUCCUGACCGACGCGCUGCCGUGGGACGAGUUCACCCGCCUGACCGACGCCGAGAUCAGCAAGCUGUGGGCGACGGACUUCUGCUACACGGACCGGGUGCUGAUGCAGGCCGAGCUGCACAUGAUGCACUCGCUGUCGCGGUCUGCGGACGGGCUGCAUGUUGGUAUCAUGCACAGGGAGACGUUUGGUAGUGAGGAGGAGUUUAUGGCCUUUGUUCGCUCCAUGUCGCCGCUCCGGGUCCUCCAGCAGCGCGUCAUUGAGGGGAAAGGGGGGCUUGACCUGUAUCCGCCUACGGCGUUCCUACAUGGCACUGGGGAUGUGGAUGUUCCUGUUGAGCAGAGCUAUGCCAUGGCUGGUGUGCUGAAGGACGCUGGAGUACCGGUGGUAGAAUGCUAUGAGGAGGGUGGGCUUCAUGUGUUUGACAUGAAGUAUACGGGUCCGGACGUACCGGGAUGGGACACGUACAUUGUUCCUAUUCUCGACUUUGUCGACAGGCAUGCUGGGUCUGGGUAAAUCGUGGAGUAUUGUAUAUAUACCUACCUAUGUCCCAUGUCCCAUGUCGAACAGUUGUCCACCAGACUACAAAUAUCCACGGGCCACGAAAACAACAUCCCCCCUGGUAUACUAUCAUACUUAUAUUAAAGGAGGCUAUUGUCCUAACAAACGCCCCGAUAUAACCUCGCAUCAAGGCGACGCUCAAGGGAGUAACCAGUGCUCCUGUUAUCAACCAAAUCGAGUAUCACGCCUACUUGUAGCACGGUGACAAUUGGGUUUCCUAUAUGUAGGAGAACCAUGUGCACGUCGGUUACCACCACCCUAGGGGCAGUUUGUUCAUUACUGGCGUAGGGACUGGCGACUGUAAUGAUCCCGC